AUUAAAAUUAAAAACAAUAAAAUCUUAAAGAAAUCCAACAUAAAAUUACAAAUGAUAUGAUCAUCAACUAAUUUAGUGGUUAUUUCAAAUUUUAUAAGAAGAAGAUUGUGAGUUUAACAGUCACUUUCUUCACUACAUACAUAACUUUUACAUAUAUAUUAUAUAAUAUAUUAGGAGUGCGGCUAGAAUAGGGUAGGCUAUGUCCUGAACUCGUAUUCUACCCGACCCGUAGGCAAACUUGCACCGUACCCUACCCUACCCGAGAGGGUUGGUUCGGAUUGAGUACCUGCGAUAGGGUAUAUAUUGCCAGCCCUAUUCUCUCGCUCUCGUAGGUGAAAACCACCCACUGCAUUUCCUUUUACGAUACAUCUCUUGGUUGCAAAAAUGUUUUCAUUGUUCUCAUCCUCACCAGUCAAAUUAAGGUAUGCUCUUCAAAUGCCAAAGCUCUUUCCUUAUUCUGUUCCCCAUUCCGCUCUCCGUCUUUGCUUCCCUUCAACAUCAUCCCUACACUCUCACUCUCAUCCCCAAUCACUUGAUGAAGCUGUUGAUUCCUUCACUCGCAUGCUCUCUUUGCGUCCUCCUCCAUCCAUCAUCCAAUUCACCAAGAUUUUGGGAUCUCUUGCCAAGACCAACCAUUUCCCCACCGCCAUUUCCCUUUUUCAGCAAUUGCAAGCCAGGGGAAUCACUCCCAACUUAUUUACUUUGAGCAUAGUAAUUAAUUGUUGUUGCGGCAUGGGUCGUAUGGCGCUUGCUUUGUCUGUACUGGCCAAGAUUUUUAGGAUGGGUUUUCAGCCUGAUACUGUAACAUUGAAUACACUCAUUAAAGGUCUCUGUCUCGGUGGUAAGGUUGAAAAAGCACUGCACCUUCACGAGAGAAUGCUGGAUCAGGGGUUUCGGUUUAAUGAAGUCACUUACGGCACCUUAAUCUUAAUCAAUGGACUCUGUAAGACCGGACACACAGCAGCUGCUAUUCAAGUGUUGAGAAAGAUCCCACUGUAUGGGAUUGUUCCUAAUGUCGUAAUGUACAGCUCAAUUAUUGAUAGUCUGUGCAAGGAUACACUUGUAAGUGAGGCUAUUCAUUUAUACCUUGAAAUGCUUGCUAAGGGAAUUUCUCCCGACGUUAUCACUUACACUACUCUAGUUGAUGGAUUGUGCCUUGUGGGUCAACUAAAGGAAGCCAUUGAUUUACUAAAUCAUAUGAUGCUGAAAAACAUUAUUCCAAAUGUUUGUACCUAUAGUACUUUGAUUGAUGGACUAUGUAAGAAAGGAAGAAUCAAAGAUGCUGAGAAUGUGUUUGCUAUUAUGAUAAAAAAAGGUGUGAAACCAGAAGUGAUUAUUUAUAAUAGUUUAAUGGAUGGAUAUUGUUUGGUUAAUGAGGUAGAUAAGGCAAAAUAUGUAUUCAGCACAAUGGCUCAAAGUAGAGUGUCUCCUGAUGUUUGGAGUUACAAUAUCAUGAUCAAUGGGUUGUGCAAAAGUAAAAUGGUUGAUGAAGCCUUGAAUAUCUUUGAAGACAUGUGUUGCAAGAACCUGUUUCCUGAUCUGGUAACUUACAAUACCCUAAUUGAUGGCUUGGUAAAAUCAAGGAGAAUCGAUGAUGCUUUGGAGCUUCUUCAAAAGAUGCACGAUGAAGGUCAUCCAGCUGAUCUAGUCACUUUCAACACUCUUAUAGAUGGCCUGUGCAAAAAUGGAAGAAUUAAGGAUGCAAAAGAGAUUUUUGAACAUCUUUCCACUAAAUUCUAUAAUCUAGACACUUGGACAUAUAAUAUUAUGAUUGGUGGAUUUUGCAAAGAAGGCCUCCUUGAUGAAGCAUUGUCAUACUUGUCAAAAAUGAAAGACAAUGGUUGCUUGCCAGAUGUUGUGACUUAUGGAAUAACCAUCAGUGCUUUACUUGAAAAAGGUGAAAUAGUUAAGGCUGAGAAACUUGUUCAUGAAAUGAUAUCUAAAGGUCUAGCUAUAUAAAGAAAAAAAGUAGGUGAGAUUGUUAGACAUCGCAAAAUGUUUGAAUCUGGUGUUACAUAGCAAUGAUUUUAUAAUGAUCAUAUUCCUCUUUUCUUUCUUUUAAAUUGUUCCUGCCAUUUAUGGGAAAAUUGUUUCUAUUGGAGAUAUAGUUAUUUGAAGGUUGAAUCAUUUUGUCAAACA